CCUCAGCUGACAAAUCAGCGCGCAGGAUCUCUCCAGGAAGCACCUGUCGGGUCUCCACCUGCAGAUCAGCAGGUACAGCCACCCUUAGCGUCAAGAGAGGCACGCCGAGAGAGCUGGAGGAGAAGAAAUCUCGUUUUUAAACGUUUUGUCCCGAGAGCAGCGAUGGUUUGCGGCGGAUUCGUUUGCACCAAGAACGCACUCAGCGCGCUCAACAUCCUUUAUGUGCUGGUGAGCCUGUUGCUGAUUGGCGUGGCAGCCUGGGGGAAAUGGUUUGGCCUGGUCUCCAGUAUCCAGGUGGUGGCAGGGGUCAUCGGCGUGGGAGUCUUCCUGUUCUUUGUUGCCUUUGUGGGUCUGUGCGGUGCCCUAAAGCACCACCAGGUCCUGCUCUUCUUUUACAUGAUGGUUCUCUCCAUAGUGUUUGUGCUGCAGUUUUCAGUGUCCUGUGCAUGUCUGGCUCUCAAUAAAGAUCAACAGAACUUGCUGCUGGAGGCCGGAUGGAACAAGUCUAAAGGCACACAGAAGGACCUGGAGAGGACUCUAAACUGCUGCGGCUUCUCUCAAGUGGACAACAGCUCGUGUCCUGCUGUCUGCGUUAACACUUCAUCUUGUGUGGCCUGCGCAGACAUCCUCCAGAAUUAUGCCGGGCAGGUGCUGCAGUUUGUUGGCGGCAUCGGCCUCUUCUUCAGUUUCACAGAGGUCCUUGGAGUCUGGCUCACCCACAGAUACAGAAACCUCAAAGAUCCUCGAUCCAAUCCCAGAGCCUUCCUGUAACCGAUCGCAUGUAAAUCAACCCAAAAGUGCGCCGCUGAAUCAUUUUUUUCCUUUUGUUUCGUAAACCGAAGUUAUCUCUGUGUUUGUAAGUUCUAAAACGAGUCUGCAACUUUUGAUGCACAGUCGGGAUUAAAAUCCUGCAUCCUUUGAAAGCACGAAGCCUCACAGCUGAAAUGAUUCAAACCGUAUCAUACUCUGGCCUUACCUAAACUUUGGCUGUUUAAUAUCUGCACACUUUUAAAAUUGUACGCAUUUGACAGGAAAUGAGGAAAAAAUAAUGGAUCCAGCUUUAGCUUAGAUAUUACUCGUAAGAAAAGAUGCCUGCCGUGGCUCUGGCCCAGGAGCUUCUCACUGUGAGGCAACAGUUUUACCUACGGAGUCCCUGCCAUGUUUAUUACUAAUGACACAGUGAAUCAACAUGGCAUAAAAGCUCCCUGUGUAAAUGGUGCAGGCAGUAAAAUGUUGUGCAAUGUUAGAAAAGUACGAUUGCAAACAAGGUUUUAAUUUUAUUAGACGUCUGUGUUAUUCAAUGCUUCGCUCUCUGUAAGCUGACAUGUCAUUGUCACAAAGUGAUCAUGAAUUCAACUUCUUGCUUGAAUUAUUUCAUCUUUAAAGGUUUCAGUCUUUCUUUUAUAACUUUUGUUUUUUUCUCACUGUGAACAUUGUGAAUUCUUCUUCUCAUUUAAUUUCUAGGAUGAAAACACCGAUAGGACUCGUGUACUGUAUAUAAGCCGGCUUGUGCUGAAACAUGUUAAUCAGCUGUGUGCUCGUAUAAGGCACGUGCUGUUUGACGUGUGCUGGACUUUUCUCUUUGUCAGGACGUCACCAGGAGCUACAAUCAACUUUGGUCUCGAGUGCGACAUAAGCAACAUGCUGCUGCUCACACUUCUCUAAAUGAACUGUUCUUUUUUCCCUGUUAUGCUUCUGUCAUUACUUUCUCACAGAUAUAUUUGAAGUCAGGAUUCUUGUCUUACUUAUGUCUCUGUUAAAGAAGGAGACCAAGUAUGAGUGGUUAUUUACUGAAAUGGAGAUAAUCUUAUGUCAUGUGAUCGUAGUAAUCCAAGCUUCUGUUGACUGUGGGCUUGAAAAUGAUGUCUUUUUGAAGGAUGGUCAGUCAUAUACUUUUCUUUUUCGAUGCAUGUUACUGUCAUAACUCUCACUGGUUCUGGUAUUUAUGUGAAGGCAGUCAUCAUCAAGUUAAGCUGAUUUAACACUCAUCAGGCCUCUGCUGACUCAUUUACAGUUGGAGUUGGGGUUUAGGUUAAGUUAAAGUCUCCUGUUUGUUUUUUAGAAAACCAAAUGUGAAAGCUGUUAAUGGAAAAACGCUGUCAAAAUAAAUGUUUAAGACUUCAUUUGAAA